UCCAUUGCAUCCAGUCCUCUCGAACUCCGGAGAAAGCUCCAAACAUUCGAGAGUCACAACCGUGUCAUGAUCAGCGCUACGCAAGUGCGACAACAGCCAGGAAGUGCCUGCGAUGGUAAUAUUAUCUCCUCUCAUAUGCUUCGUGUCAAUGCCACCGGCGUGCGGCUAAUAUGGAUUUGAUCAAUCACUGAUGGCAACUAGAGUGUCGCAAAAAGAAGCAACGAUGUGAUAGACAACGCCCUCGCUGCGGCUCUUGCGAAAAGGCUCGGACUGUGUGUCGCUUUAAUGAGAAGCGACACCCUCUCAGACAGCCCAAAAGAAGCACUGAGAUCAAUUUUCGCUUAGGUACCUGCUUGUGAAGUUUGAAAUCCUUAUCCAUGCUGAUCCUAGCGGAUGUGGUACCAGCUCAGACCCAGCGUCGUCCUAUCGAGCAACAUCCACAGGCUACCGUCUCGUCCGCCUCAAUCCCCGAGUGCCAAGACGGUAAAAACUAGCCUCAACCCUUCGAUCAUGGCAAAUAGAUGGGCUUACUUCGAUUGUGUUCAGCGAGCUCGGCCUCUACCUCCCCGCAAGGUGUCGAUGAUGAGCACGGGUCACCGUCUUCUCAGAACCUGGACCUUACCGACCGCCUAUUUUCUCGAGAUAGUGAAGAAUUGCAGCUGCCAAAUAUCACUAAGAUAGAUUUGUAUGCCUUCUAAGCUAGCUGCGCAAAGAGAUGUUGGUCACUAAAUUGGUUGUUAGAAUGCAACUAUAUAUAGAUCGCGUGCACCCAAUGCUACCCAUCCUGAGCGCAGCCACAAUCUCCAAAUUGCGAAAAGAUAUGGAUUUUCUUGACCAAUAUGAAAGAUGCUUGUGGUUUGCCGUAUUGACGAUUGCUACUGCCUUUUCGAGCCAGUUCGACGACGUUCGUGAUCGGCUCUACCUCACAACACGAAGCAGGCUUGAGGAGAUGGACUUAGCAGAGGACUCUCUCGACUCCGGUCGGGUGGAGCUCGCUCAGGCAUGGAUAUUGCUCGUGUUUUAUGAAUUUACCAAAACGAACUAUCAACGCGGGUGGCUCAGUGCUGGUCGGCUCUUUCGACACGUGCAGAUGACGGCGCUCUACAGCGUCGACAGAGGUAUGAAGCCAUCUUCCGUCAAUACCGAGGCGGAUCCUGUCAUAGAAGAGGAAAAGAGGCGGGCAUUUUGGGUUGCGUAUUGCGUGGACCGAAUCAUCAGCGUCUGCGACACAGCGCCGUUGACUCUUGCUGAGGAUGUGAUAUAUACUCGCCUACCUUGUCCAGAUUCAGAUUUCCACCGUGGCGUCAUCACACUACAGUGUUUCUUAUCUGAGGCCAUAGCAUCCGGAGAGCUACAGCGACACUCAAAAAUCGCAGAAUGUGUCAUCUCCACCACUAUAUGUGGCCGGACACUCUCUCAUAAGCAGACUUCAAUUGUGGAAAAAGCUUACAAUGGACCUCCUACUGACUACGUCGCGAGACGAGACUGGCUCGAGGGGCUUUUAGAUGCCCAGCUCAAAAGCCUGCGUAUCAACAGUCCGCUAGAUGAAAUGACCCCUGAUCCAUUGACCUCAUUCACUACGAUGUUUACACAUGCAGCUGUUCUAUAUCUAUGGCACAUCGCGGACCUUUUAUCGGAUCAUCCUCAGGAUCAGAUAUCCCCCCUAGCAGUGCGCGGCUUAGACUCAUCACAAGAAAUAUCCCGCUUAGCUAAGGAUAUAGAGCCACGUGGGCUUUUCAGUGCACACGCAUUCACCCCUAUUCCCUUGUUUUUCUGUGCAUUUCGACUUCGAUCUUACAUAGAGUCGGAACGGCCUGACCUCCUACAAGCCGAGAGGGUACAGUUGGAAGAACAGAUUCAGACAUGUUUGGAAGUGUUGCAAAAGCUCCAGGCUGUCAACAAUCUUGCGGGCCGUCUUCUCCAACAGUACAAUGCGCGUCGUGUUCCUCCGCUGUGGCUAUAACUCACAGGUUAACGGGAACAGAAUGGGAAUAUUACUGAAAUACAUACAAGUCUGACCACGGAGCUACUGAGGGCUAAAGCCGAGUAACCCUGCUCCCUUUGCAUGUCUCAUUUUUCGAAAGGGCUAAAGAUACAGCGGUUAUAUCCGAGAUACUGAAUCUUGGCAGAUGAUUCACAAGAAUGGAGGGACACCAUGAGUCGUACCCUGGAAGUUCAAAUGAUGUUACUUGGUAGUCUCAACAUCCUCUAGGUUACUGAGUGGUGUUUCUCGACAAUGGAAUGGCUUGUUGUUCAGUUGCCAAAACUUUUAUUAUUAUUACACAUAUGAACCGAAUAAACAUGUUUUACUAAAUCUUA